GAGGUUAUUUUUAAUGUAAGUAAUAUUGAAUAUUACAUUUUGUGAUAUGAGUAAUCUGUCGGAUUAUCAUCAUAUUUCAUGAGUUGAGUGGGAAGUUGACUUAAAAUAAAGCGAAAUAUUCUAAAAGAAUUAAUGAAAGUAACGUGAAAGUAAAAAUAGAGAUAGUUUAAUCAACUCCUCAAUUUUUCUUUAUAAGUAUCAAGCAAUUAACUAUUAUGGGGAUUAUAUUUGGGAAAUUUGGGAAGAAGAAAAACACUUUCGAAAUAUUAGAAAAAUUAGAAAAAGAAAUAGUAUCUAUUGAAGAAUUUAGUAAACGCACGGAAAAAUUUAGAAAAAAAGUUAUUACAAGGUUUAUUUUGUUGGCGAUAUUAAUCUACUUUAUUUUGGCUUGCUUCCUUUAUUUUUACUACCAUCAAAUAUCAUCAAACCAAAAAUUGUUAUAUAUAGUACCGCUACUGGCUUUUCCAUUCAUUGUUAUAGCAAUUAAGAAGUUUCUCGCUUGGUAUUACUCUAGAAAAUUAAAUCGGAACGAAAUGAAAUUGGUAAAACUUAAAGAAGAAAAGAAGAAGAUACUCGAAAAUGUAAUGGAAAAAGAGACUUAUAAAGUCGCGAAACAAAUUUUAGAUAAAUAUGGUAAUGAUACUAGCAAUAAAAAUGAAAUUGAAGCGAUAAAGGCCAACAGUUUGGUAGCUAGAAACAACCAAGUCGGCCUUAGACAAAGGAACAUACAAGGAAGAUUGUCUAUCGAUUCAGUAAAAACGCCGAUAAGUAAUAAAUUAAACCCCAUUACCACCCCUUCGUUGCCAGAAAAAUUAAUUAAACUUCCUAAUCUUACCAUACCCGUUCAAAGACCUUCACUUCUACCCUCCACCCCACAAUUCAAUACAAGAACACCCCUACCGUUACCGAGAAGCAUUCUGCCCAGCAACAGUUCCGUAUUGGAUAAAAUGGUAGAUUACCUAGUAGGAGAUGGACCGUCUAAUAGAUACGCCCUGAUUUGCAAGAAGUGUUCUUCGCAUAACGGUAUGGCGCUCAAAGAGGAAUUCGAAUAUUUGUCGUUCAAAUGUUGUUAUUGUUCACAUUUCAACGCCGCUCGCAAGAAAAAAGCGUCGGGGCCGACGUUCGAAGAGGAAACGUCAAAAACGUCGUCGUCGAUCGACGAUUCGGAUUCGGACGUUUUGGAAAACGAAACCGUCGAUUCGCCAACGUCGAAACCGGAAGAAUCUGACCAACUUCCGUCUCAAUUUGACCAACUUCCGGUCGAUUCGAAAGAAACGCCCAUCGAUGAUAAAAAAGAAGACGAAACCGAUGAUCGAAUAGACGUGGUGGAUUGAACGUCGCGUCGGUCGGUCGGAGGAAUUGUAAAUAGAAGACUGAUGAAAAAAAAAAAUAUUUUUAUCGUUGGAAAUGGAUAUUUUCGCUUAGGUCUGAUUAAGAUUUAAUUUUUGUUUGUUGGAAAUGUUGUGGAAAAUCGGGAAAAUUCUUUUCUAUAAUGUUUGGGUACGUUUCGAGUUGUCCCGAAUACUUUUACGGUCAGUUUAUGAUGUGUGUGUGUUUUAAUAAUUUUGUUGCGAAGAGUUUCUUUUACUUUUUUUUUUGUAAAUGAAAAAAUGUAUAUAGAAAAUGUUUGCGCCACUUAACGCCAUAAAAACCAAGUUUUUCUUUUGGAAAAUUGUGGAAUUCGACAUAUUAUUUUGAAAUUAUUCGAUAAAAUAUAUUGCGAGUAAGGAGGGGUGUUGUUAAGGGAUUUAAGGGUCGGUGGGGUGCUUGGGGAUCAGUUCUUUUUGUAGAAAUUGAAUUUUGGCAUAAAAUAAACAGAAAAAGUAUCGAAAAAAGAAAACAGGUGAUGAGAUAUGUCAAAAAAACUGAAAAAUGUUGAAAAUUGGGAAAAAAUAUUUUAUAAUUUCAUAUUAAAUAUUGAAAAAAGUCGAAAAAAUUGUGGAAAAUUGAAUAAUAAUGUUGAAAUUUUACUGAAAAUGCCAAAAUAAUGAAGAACAUAACGAAAAAUCCAUAAAAAAUGUUGAAAAUUUAGGAAAAAUAGUUUAAAAUUUCAAAUAUAAACGGAAAUGUUGAAAAAUUAACAGAAAGAGAUGGAAAAUUUAUAGAAAAUUGAAUAAAAACGUUGAGAUCAAAACAAAAUUAAUGAAAAUGUCAAAAGUAGAAAGAAAAAAUGACAAAAAAUCAAAUAUUUUGAUAGAAAAUGUCGACAUAAUGAAGAAAUUAACCAAAAAUCCAUAAAAAAAGGUUGAAAAUUUCAAAAAAUCAUGUUAAUGAUAGUUAAUGUCAAAAAUAAGAUGAAAUACGAAAAAACUUGAAUAUUAUGACAGAAAAUAUCAAAAUAAUGAAAAAAAAUAACAAAAAUCUCAUAGAAAUUGUUAGAAAUCGGGAAAAGUUUCAACAAAACUUAAUAAUUUCGUAGAAAAACGUGGAUAGAUUAUAAUCAAUGGACAUGGGCACUGAUAGAAAUGUCAAAAA